CGAAGCCUUUUUAAUCUACAUGCAUCAUGCAUCCACAUCUCAGGGGCUAUUGUCGAGAUGUCUGUCUAUAUAUAUCUAACCGAGGAUUCUUCAGCUGGCGAACCGUUCUAUUUCCGAGGAUUUAUUUCGCUAUAUACCCCUCUCCGCUUCAAUGAGCUUCUAACUUUUCUUUCUAUCUCUCUCAUUCCCUGACUAUCAUACCCAGGCUCCCCUUUGUCUCGUGAACAAAUCCUAUAACGACCAUGCUGCUCAAGAUCUUCUCUUUUCUGAGUUUGGCCUGCUCCACCUCCGCACAAUUCGUUAAAGGCUUCAAUACAGGCAAUACCAAUGCCCAAGGCGCAUGCCGCUAUCAAAACGACUUCACAACUCUGUUCAAUCAGGCGAAGAACCUGCCUGAUGCCGGCGGCUUCGCCUCUGCUCGCCUGUACACCAUGAUUCAAUGUGGCACCCUAAAUGAACCUAUUCAAGCAAUCCAAUCCGCUAUUGACACAGACACCAAACUGCUCCUCGGUCUUUGGGCUUCAGCCGGUCGUGAAGCUUUCAAUGAGGAGAUGAACGUCCUCAUGCGUGCCAUCAGCCAAUACGGAGAUGCUUUCACUUCGCGCGUCGUGGGUGUCAGCAUCGGUAGCGAAGAUCUUUAUCGUAGUAGCUCCCAAGGCGUGAAAAACAAUGCCGGAGUUGGCGAGAAGGCUGAAGUUAUAGCUGGAUACAUCGGUUGGGCUCGCGACUGGCUGCGUGGAACAGCACUAGAACGUACUCCUCUCGGUCACGUCGACACCUGGACUGCAUGGGUUUUGCCCGAGAAUAAGCAGGUCAUUGAAGCUGUCGACGUCCUCGGCCACAAUAGCUUCCCAUAUUGGGAGAGCACACUAGACAACAACAUCAGCAACGCCGCCAACAUUUUCUGGUCUGCAUUGGAUCGCACUGAGGGCGUUGCGCAGGGCAAGCCCGUAUGGGUUACCGAGACUGGAUACCCACACCGUGGACCUAAUUCUGGAUAUGCUGUUGCUAAUGCGCAGAAUGCAAGGCAAUACUACGCGGCAGUUGGUUGCGAGCUGUUCAAACAGCGUAACACGUUCUGGUACACACUGGAGAAUGCGAACACCGCUCAGACUGAUUUGUCUUUCGCUGUCAACGAAAAUGGCAAUGUUCAGUACGAUCUGAGUUGCUAACUUCCUACUUCUGCGGCUCUCUAACGACUCUCUACUAGCAAUCAGUACUCGGGAUGAGUAUAAUAAUGGCCAUGGCCGUCUUUGGGAAGCCAAAUCUAUAGAGCAUAUGUUACGUACAAUCAACUAUAUCUAGCGCCUGGUGAUCGACAUGGACAGUGUUGUACAUCACCUAGUCGUCACGCAGCUAGCAUUUACUUUCUGUUGUAUUUAUUUCGAUUCACAAUAGAUUAUAUGCAAUGCAG